AUGCCACCUAUCGUUCGUAAUGCAAGUCGUCGAAAUCGGUAUAACCCGACCGUCCCAAAAGUUGAAAAACUGAAUACUCUUAAGGAUUGGGUUAAACGAACAUUCAAUGCGUAUCUUAACUCUGAAAGCGUCCCUAGGCCAUCAUCCAAUUCGAGA